AACUAGAAUGGCGACCGCUGUAUGCGGUCUGCAGUCCACCGCCAGUAACAGUAAACCAGCGAAGACACAGCGAGAGCACCGGAGGAGGGCGAAGGACUCCAAAAGGAGGCAGGCGGCUCUGUUGUUCCUUAACAAUAUCUCACUCGAUGGGCGGCCCCAGUGUCAGUUUAGCGAUGGAAAUACCGACCAAAAAGCCGCCGAGGAGCUCCGACUCAGGGACAUAGACGGCGGCGCAACGGUCGUGCCCCCGCCGGCGGAUGGCCAAGGACCGGUCGCGCAGGUGACAGAACCCGCCGCGGGUGGUAGUGGCUCGUCCUCCAGUUUUCCAGGGGUGGUUAGUCCUACCCAACCUUCUUUGGUAAUGUCUCCGGGACCUGCCGGAGUAACCGCUGUGGGAACAAACGAGGUAUUUUUGGAAGGUGGCAGUGCGGCCGAGACGCUAACCCCGGACACCCCUCUGUCUCCUGUGCCCACCGGCCACCAGCCCUGCUCCCGUGUCAGGUCAACGCCCGCCGCACUGAGCCCGGUCCCGGCCGGUAAUUCUCAGGAUUCACGGCAGAGGUUGAGAAAUGUCUCUGGUUCUCCUGGACCCAAGGUGCCAAAGAAAGUCCACUUCAUCAAGAGUAUGAGGCAGUAUGAUACCAGGGGAUGCAGGAUCAUGCUGAUUUGUGCCAAGCGAUCGCUAUACGCUGCUUUCUCAGUGCUGCCCUAUGGAGAGAGUGCUCACCUCAGUGAUCCUAAGCUGGAGGCUCAGAGACAAAGGCUGUCCUCUGUGGUGGCUGCAGACCUGCUUCCCUCCUUGGAAGGUGUGGAACUGGGCUCCUAUGGCAAGACGGUGUCAUACGCUCAGUUCCUUUAUCCGACCAAUGCCUUGGUGAGGCAGAAGAGCGGCGGCGUGCCGGAGAGCUGCACUGCUCAGACCCCUCAGUCACGUUUCCGUGGCAACGGGCAGAGGAACGUCACCCUAGCUCGCCUGAACAACAGCGUGGCACAGGACCCAUACGUAGAAGAGGUCACAGAGUAUGACCCUAACCUGCUCAGUGACCCUCAGUGGCCCUGUGGCAGACAUAAGAGGGUUCUUAUAUUUGCAUCAUAUGUGACGACUGUUAUUGAGUAUGUGAAACCAUCUGACCUGAAGAAGGACAUGAACGAGACUUUCAAGGAGAAGUUUCCUCACAUUAAGCUGACACUGAGCAAGAUAAGGAGCCUGAAGAGGGAAAUGCGGGCCGUGAGCGAGGAGUGCGGUUUACAGCCGGUCACCAUAGCAAUGGCCUUUGUUUACUUUGAGAAGCUGGUGUUGCAGGGUCGCCUAAACAAGCAGAACAGGAAGCUGGUGGCGGCGGCGUGCGUGCUGCUGGCUGCAAAGAUCAGCAGUGAUCUGCGGAAGCCAGAAGUCAAACAGCUCAUUGAUAAGCUGGAGGAGCGUUUCCGCAUAAACAGACGGGAGUUGAUUCCUCUGGAGUUUCCUGUGCUGGUUGCCUUGGAGAUGGGACUUUACCUUCCCGAGAGCAAGGUCAUGCCGCAUUACCGCAGACUGGUGCAGCAGGGUUAGACUGGAUGUGGCGAUGUCCGACACUCCGCUGGUUCCCUUUAAUAACACCAGCAAGUGUGCGUGGCACAGUAGUUUGAAUCAGCACUGACUGAGAGUGAGCUUGUGUGCGAGAGUGUGUGUGUGCGUGAGCGUGUGUGUGUGUGUGUACGUGAUGGAUUGACCAGUUUAUAAGCUGUCGUGUUUGAAACAAAUACUUAUGGUACUAUUUAUUUCCUGUCAGUCGUGGCUCGAGUCACUCACUGUAUGUGAAGAAUAACUAGUUUACACUUGUGGGCAAACGUUUUAGACUUGAUGGCGUGUGUGUGUGUGUGUCUAUCUGAAUGUCUUUUUAAGCGUUUGUACGUGUGACGUUCUGACGUUGAUCCGGUCCUGAGCUCUAUGUUAGAGAUGUUCAAUGAGCACGUUAAUUGUGCUUUUAUUUUUGGUUUCUCGUGACCCAUAUUUUCUGGUACGUCCUGGUUUUCUUCUCCUCCCAUUCAGAUGAAUUGUACGCUGUGAUUUUUGUGUUUGUGGAAAACUCUUCACCUGCACCUUUCUCGUUACUAUACAGGCUGUAUAGUAUUUAUGACAAAUGACAGAGAAUCACAAUGUUGAUUUUGUAAAUGCCUUUUAAACCCACUGUGACGCAGAAACAUUUUUUUAGCCAUUAGACUGAAACAUGAAACUGUAGAUUGUGGGCACAGUUAAAACACAGUUUUAGUCUGUUUUUAGAGAAGGAAGUGGCCUUUAAUUUUCAUUUUUGUUCUGUGUCCCGCAAUAAUCUUGAUCUUGGAUUGAAAGAAAAUAAUAAUGUGGCAGCUCUGCGUUCAGACUUUGCUGUUGGUUGAAAAACUGUGCUAAUAUACAGUGUGUGUGUGUGGUGUCCCAUGCCAGGAAACAGGAUAAUGGAGGCAUAUCGUUUAUAGUAAAGGUGUAUUUUUUAUGUUUCAUGUCAUUACCCAGGGAUAUGUUUUUUUUUUUUUUUUUUGUUAAAUGCACUGGAUUUAAUUCCUCAGUAGUCUGGCUAGCUGUCAUAUUUUUCAGUUCUCAGGAAUUUUGCUUUCUCAUACCUUUUGAAUAGCUCAUAAAAUCUAACCCAAAGAGAAGUUUUAAAAGUUUUUACUGUAGCUUAUCAUCGCUGUCAUCACCUGUGCUCCAUUGUAAGCCGGUGGAAGGUUACUGAUGUUUAGUGCUUUGACAGAACAGGAAAUCCAGCCGUAUAUGAAUGGAUGUACGAGUCACUUGUGCAAAUACCAAACAGUAUUGGCCUGACUGUAGUUGGUGUUGCAAAGUAAGUCUUCAGAUCUUUUGUGCCGUCGUGUGCACAAAUAUGGGGAAAAAGUGCCUGAAACCACAGCGCCAGUGAAAUGGUUAAUCAUCUUAUCAUAAGUGAUGUUUAGUGUUGAAGUUUCUUCGUCUUGCUGCUGUGGAGAUCCUUAAAUGUAGAGGUUGUUCUUGUCUGGUAAAAAGAUAAUCCCAAACACUUUCUGGACUGGUCUUUAAAGUCACAUGAUGGUCGUUCGGUUUUCUGUGCGUCUGCCGUGGUAAAAAAAUGUGUCACAAACAAACAAAUAGAUCUGUGCAACUGCAGAAGAUGUAUCUGUAUGGUCGGUGUCAAACUGGUGAAUAUUCAUUGUUUUCAUACUGUAAAAUGAAUGUUUUUGAAAUAUAUUUUCAGACACUGAAAAGACACUGGAGUUUGAGUUUGUUUUUACCAAGUCAGUCAAUAAUUUAUCGUGUUUUUGCAGCAGCUUUCUUCUCUUCAGGGCUGUUAAAGGUACUAAAUAAAUUCUACUGUAGACCUGACUAGAAAA